AUGAAGGGCAGGGUGCGGUACACCUUCCAACAAUUGAGUGCCCUCACCGACAGGCUUUCCACGCAGCUCCGGAUAGUGAAGAAGGACCUCGAGGAGGGCAGGAGCUACAGCAAGGUGCUGGAGGCCAAGUCCAAGCGGCUGGAAAUAGAGAAACGAAAGCUGGAAGCGGAUGUUCGGAAGCACAGGGAGCUCAUGGGAGAUCGAUCAAUGAGGCGACGCCCACGGAGCGCCGGUGCCGUUCCCAGCUCUUGCGGGUCAUUUCCCAGCCAAGCACCUGCGCACGCCCCAAUCCCGGGCGAGUCUGAAGCCGUUCAAACACUACAAGACCAUCGAAGCCACAAUAGAGUGAGGAGGCCUGUGUCGGCACAUCCCGUUCUGCAGAGUUCUGUCGAAUGCGGUAUGGCAAACCAAUCUGCAACACAUGAGGUGGCUGCAGGGCAGUCGGAUAUCAUGCACACACGCAGAGAACGUCGAAGGCAGAGCAGGGCCGGGAGGCCGACAUCGGCACAUCCGGUGCUGCAGGCCCCUUGCACAGGGGAACCAGCCGAUCAGUCACCUGUGAAAGUACCCGAUGCAGGACAGUCUGCGGUACGUCGCACACGACAGGGCCAUCAAGUACAGAUCAGAGACAGGAGGCCCGUAUCGGCCCAUCCUGUGAUGCAAGCUUCUCGGGGGCGCGAAUCUGCCAUCCAGUCUGCUGAGCAUGGGGUGGCCGCAGAGCAGUCUGGGGCCCCUUACACACCACGGGGACAGAGAAUGCAGGGCGCAUCCAGGAGGCCGACAUCGGCACAUCCUGUGAUGCAAGUCUCGUCCGCAAGCGAACCAGCCCAUCCAGGACCCGCUGGAGGCACAGGGGGUGCGUGCCAGGACAGAGGGCAGACAUUGAAUGCCAAUCUCCGUCUUCUUCAGAACGGGAGCCUUGAGCGCGAAAGUAUUUGUGCAGCUGGCAAUCGAAUCGUUUUUCCCCCUGGUUGGUAUUCUGGGCCCCAAGGCACGCAUUGGCGGCAGCGGGGCGACGGCGGUGCAGCUGCACGAGUGCAGGGACCCCACGGGCGGCGGCCACUCUCCGCCACUGUGCGCCCGUCCCACCAAAGGCUGCUGCCCAAGAGGCCAUUCAGUGCCGGCCACGAUCGCAACCCAUGUGGUAAACAAGGCCCCCCUUCUCAGUUGGAUCUCGACGAGGCUGCGCGGAGCGGCGUGGUGGGGCGCGGCGUGCAGCUGCAGGGGCGGAGCGACAUCCAGGAAAUCUCGCCAAAUGCACACCUCCAUCGCCCCAGUGGCCGGCCCCAGUCAGCAAGACCCAACGCAGCAGAACGGAGUUGUCGUCUGCCUGUGCGCCCGAAAUCUGCGCACCAGUUAUCAGCCUCCUCGCACGCCUGCCAGCCUCGCAGGGAUCCCUCGGGAUCUCGUCAUCCGGCGGGGUUGAACGGCUGCGGGUAUGCUGAUUCUGACCAGCAACCGCCGGCUACGUCGCGACCACCGGGAUCUGGCCUGUUGGUCACCGGCCGCGGUCUUGGCACUUCCACCACGAAGGCCUGUUUCAGGUGUGAGGAUCCAAGCGCGAAGGCCACGGAGCACAGGGCGCCGGUGACCGGCCCCCCUGGAUCCCAUUGGCAGUACUUCCAGACGUCAGCCUGGCGACGGCCUUGGAGCGGAGCGGCGUCUAGGCCAGGCGGACAUCGCGCGGGCGCCGCCAACAAGAAAGGGGCCAUGAAGUCCUUGCUGGCCCGAGACCCGGCAGGCGAAAUGCACCUGGAGUUCCUGGCGCCGCAAAGCUUUCAUGUGCCCCGGGGAUGA